GACGUAAGGUUUACUUGAUAUGAGAGUUAGAGUGGAGAGAAAGCAAAAGUUGAAGAGAUAGAGAGAGAGAGAGAAGGGAUGAACACUAGUGUUCGAGCUGUUCUUUCCUCCAUGAAAGCUCCUUCAAAGCAUGACACUACUCAAGAGGAGAAGAAGAAGAUGGAGUCUCAAGGCAAUGGAGCUGUUGCUACUUCAGGAAAAUCUCUGGUUAAUCGUCGCCGAGCUAACAAAGAAAAGAAAAUGGAUUUGCUACAAGAUGUUGAUAAGCUUAAGAGGAAGCUUAGACAGGAGGAGAAUGUGCAUAGAGCAUUGGAGAGAGCUUUCACUAGACCUUUAGGAGCUUUACCUCGUCUUCCGUCUUAUCUUCCUCGACAUACAUUGGAGCUUCUUGCUGAAGUAGCUGUUCUUGAAGAGGAAGUGGUUCGGUUAGAAGAGCAAGUUGUAAGCUUUAGACAAGGUUUAUACCAAGAAGCUGCUUACAUAUCUUCAAAGAGAAAUCUGGAGAGUCCUAAUAACAACAGUUUGAAUGAGAAUUCACCCGUUAGAAGCACUAAACACCAGAGAUCGAAAUCCAUGUCGCAACACGAGUUCAAUACUAUGAUCACUCCCACUAAAAAGCAUCAACAGUCUCUUAGCAGAAGCAUCUCAAGUAGGAAACUCUUCUCCUCUGAUCAAACAGUUAAUGACCGAAGUGGUCAGAGAGUGGUAAAUGGCAAACAAGCGUCGCCUAAACCAAAUCUAAGCAGUGUUACUAAGCCAGUAGAUGUGAGGGGGAAAGAGAAUCAGACCUCUAGUAAUGCUUCAAAAGACAAGAAAAAUAAAGAAUCACCUGAGAAGAAGCUUGGCAGAUUCUUGACAUCUGUGAAGAAGAAGAAACCUUUGAUUAAGCCGGAGGCAGCAGCGGAUAAACACUCAGAAUCAAUCAAAUUACAGCUAGAUGAUAGAUUAGCAGAUCAGGACAAAGCACAAGAGAGUGUGUCAGGAUCAUCUUCAGAAGACAAGACAGUGCAAAGUGGAAAUGUAGCAAACAGAGUUUCAGAGGAUUUACUGAAAUGUCUUGUGACUAUUAUCUUGAGGAUUAGCUCGUCGAAGGACAUUGUGUUGGAUCCAUAUAAUAACUGUUCAGAAUGGAGAACAAGAGAGCUUGGUGCAUACAAGCAUCUUUCCUCGGUUGAUGCAUCUUCAGUUGAUCUUGGACGAAGAAUCAAUGCUUCAUUUCUGAUCCAUCGUCUCAAGUUUCUGCUUAAUAAGCUUUCUGUUGUCAAUCUAGACGGUCUUAGCCACCAGCAGAAGCUUGCAUUUUGGAUAAAUACUUAUAAUUCAUGCGUGAUGAAUGCAUUCUUGGAGCACGGAAUCCCGGGGACCCCUGAAAUGGUUGUAGCUCUGAUGCAGAAGGCAACAAUAAUCGUAGGAGGACACUCGCUAAAUGCAAUCACAAUCGAACAUUUCAUCUUGAGACUUCCAUACCACUUGAAAUUCACUUGUCCCAAAACUGCAACACAUGAAGAGAUGAGAGCUCAUAGCACAUUUGGAUUGGAAUGGUCAGAGCCUUUAGUCACAUUCGCUCUCGCCUGUGGAAGCUGGUCCUCUCCUGCUGUAAGGGUCUACACAGCAGCUAAUGUAGAGGAAGAGCUAGAAGCUGCAAAGAGAGAUUAUCUUCAAGCAUCAGUAGGGAUCUCAAAGAAGAACAAACUAAUGCUUCCAAAGGUAUUAGAUUGGUAUUUACUCGACUUUGCGAAGGAUUUGGAAUCGUUACUCGAUUGGGUUUGCCUUCAGUUACCUGAUAAACUAAGAGAAGAAGCAAAUAAGUAGCCGUUAAACCCUAGAACGGAGAAGAAAACCCUAGACCGGCGAAGAAGAUCAUCCGAUUCGAUGUCGGAUAAUAAAGACCACGAUUCUGAUUCCGAUGCUCCGGAAGAAUUCACCCAAGAGCAGGCGAAGCUAGAAGAUGAAGCAUUGAGGAAAAUACAGAGAGAGAAUAAGACUAGGAUUUCCCGUGAAAAGAAAGAGAGGCGCAAGCUUAUGGCUGAGAAAAUAACGCCCCGAAAAUCUCGAAAGAUUGAAAAAUCCGAGGAUGUAGAAAAGGAAGAAGAAGAAGAACCUGAGAAAAACUCUGAAGCUCUUGCAAAGAAGGGAUUCCUUUCCAAAGACAUCAUAGACUUUCUUGCAGAGCGAGAAAAACAAAAUGCCGAGUCAGAUUCUGAAGAAGAUGAGAUCAUAGACGAACUUCCGAGAAAGAAAAAGCAAAAAAGCUCAGGGAUCGAAACAGUUAUUUACAAGGACAUUCCACCACCGGAAUGCUUGAAAACCGGGUUAGAUUUCUUGAAGAUGAGGAGAGCGCAAGUCCCGAGAUCGUCUUCAGUCAUCAAGAACUCCGGCCAAGCUCUUCGACUUGCCACCGGUGCUGCUUUAGCCAAGAAGCAACGACAGAGAAAGUGAAACUUAAGAUGUAAAAUUCAUGUGGGCUCAAUUCCAUAACAUUUUUGUUUGAGUUGGCCUUUUUGGCUACUUCUACUGCUACCUACAUGUAUCAGAUUAUUUAUUACUAAUAUUGUUCAAACGCUCUCAACAACGCUCUCAACAUUAAACUCUUUAUAAAAUACAUCAACGUUA